AUGAGGAACCGAACGAGGGUCCGACCAGAUCUGCAGAUUUCACAGUGGAGCCUGGGCUCGCGAAUUUUGGGAAUGCUUGAAAUUGAAGGGAUCGGAAGCGAAGUGGUGACUGCGUUCUUUGUGGUUGCUGCGUCGCUGGCAGUAUUGUCAAUAUUGGUUAGUGCAUGGAGGUUAACCGGUCGAAGACCGCUUUUUUAUGAUCUAUUCCUUGUUGAAAUACAUUCAUGGGACGCUAGGAGAUUUGUUCAGGUCUUGCAACUGGGCCAAGAAUUUCGUCCACGUGGUUCUUGGGGAGAUGUGAUGACGCGGAUGCGAACAAGAGCACGUUCACGUUCUCAGACUAGCAGUAGUUCUGAAACACUCGUUCCUAGGCAUAGGAUCAGCGAUACCAACGUUGUUAUACAAUCUCCUGCUACCGUAAUGGAUGAUUCCUCAACCAGUGUCCCGUCUCCAUCUGCUUCCACACUGUGGGAGAUAGAGAUGCCAUCAAGUGGAUCUGGUGGCGGUGAUAUAUCACAGGAGAGUCAUUUUGCUGCAGCUGCUGCUAUCGCUGUUCUUGGGAGAGGAGGUUUGCAAGUUGGAAGCACUUCAUCCGGAACAAUGGAUGUACUGCCGAGUGCAACAGCCACGACUUCGUUGGGCGUUUCUGCUGUUGGUGUAUCAUCGGUCGGUGGGGAAGUUAAUGGUAACAACUUCACAAUAGAAGGACCACGUCCACAGGGAACCACAAAUAUAGUGAUGCCUGUAAACAUCAGCGUCGUAAGCGAUGAACUUGACCCCAAUGAGGCCGAGACGCAACCGCCUAGCGAUCCUCAAAUGGAUCCAGAAAGUGCGGAGGUUGCCGCAGUUGCUGCAGGUGCAAGUGGGGCUCACAUAAAAGAAGAAUCAAAAGUCAUGGAGCGGUUACCACAAGUGCAUGAUGAUCCUGAAGCUGAAGGGGAUUCUGUAAUUCGUCUAAAAUUUCUCGAUGACACACAGAGGGAUGCUCGUACUACAAUGACGGAUACCAUAGGCAAAUUCAAGAGCGUACAUUUUGGUGAUGCUGUGGCAGCUGGUCGUGUGGUGAGACUUAUUUACCAAGGUCAACUUCUUCGCGAAGACUCUAGAACAUUAGCAUCGUAUGGGUUGCGUGAUGGUUGCGUUGUUCACUGCCACAUAAGUAGCACGCCCUAUUCUACACAGGGGCCAUCCACUUCUCAGACAGUGUCGAGAGGUGCUCAUUUGAGACAUCGAGACUCUUCGCGUGCUCAUACAGCAACUGUACCCAACACUGGACCGGAAACAAAUGAGUUUCGAUACCCUCGCUGGGCUGUAGCUCUGUUACUAUAUACUUACCGCUUCCCUCUAAUUGGUCUGCCUUUGGAUGCAAUAGUACGAUUUGUUUUCGACCAGCAAGCCCAGGCUGCCGCGCAACCAGGUUUCAUCCGUAGGACGUAUCGCAGACUUCUCUCGACAAUCUAUAGAGAAAAUAGAACUGAUGAAGCCUCUCCACUGGAUCGUGCCGCUGACGCAGCUGCUAGAGUCCCGUCUCAACGAUUAUGUCUUGGCGACUACAUUCUUUGGAUAUUCGCCGGACAAUUCGUCGCCGUUUGGGGUUUCGUGUACGCCUUUCCUCAACUGUGCGAUCAUACAGCUCUCGGUCUUCUUGUCUUGUUGACUCUUUACUUUUUUUUUGUAGUUUGUCGAAGUAGAGACCAACUCGGCGAGACUCGACCGACGGAUGAACAAAUUGGUAUUUCUACUAGUCCUGAUCGGUGA